UGGAGUUUCAUUUGGUAUAAAAUUAGUUGUGUUAGCUAUUUGAAAUAAUAGUGUUACUCCCUGGAAUGAUAUUUUUACCAAUCCUGUGUAGCGUGGCCCACCGGUGGACCACAUCGCCUCGAAUGUGUUAAAUAAAAAAAUACUAUAAGAUAAUCUAAAGGUUUUGAUAAACAAAUAAAAAAGUCAUGAGUUGUUUAUGCAUAUAAUCGAGUGUUUCUUUGAAUAAUAUGAUUUUUUUAAAAACAUAGUUUCUUUCUGGAUUCGAGGUUUCUAUCAGCAAUGAUUCGAUGAAAUUCGAUACAAACUUAUGUCAAUAGCGCGAUUGUUACAGAGUUUACUGUGUCGGAAUAUCUUUAUUUUUUGUUCAAUAUUGUUUUGUUAUUUGUAUAGGAUAGUUCAGCUCUUUAAUCAUUGCUGAACGAUGAAUAACAUAAACAUAACAUAUUAUUCUUGUGAAAAAUCAAUAAUACAGACAAAGAUUAUUAAUAUCGUCAACAAUUAAUAGGAAGAUAUUUUUUGUCUCAUUUUCAAAUUAUAUAUUGUGGAAAUGCGCCUUCUUUAUUUUGACAAGUAUACUUAAUUUUCUAAUUUUAUAACUUACAUUCACAUAUUUAAUCAAUAAUUUAAUUGUUUUGUAUUAUUUUGGUUAUGCAAUUGAUCAACAUGCUUUUUCAAUUGUUAGUGGUACUAGAAGCUGCAAUACUCUUAAGUGGUUUAUUCUUUACAAAAGUAAUGAUCGUUCACUAAAUUUUUAUUUAGCAGAGUCGGAGACAAUUUUAAGAACCAUACGUUUACAUUUUAUUGAAGAUGACAGAAUAAUUUAUUUUCCACGAUCUGAUUCUAAUCUUUUCAUGAUUAAUUAAUAUAAUUUCGAAAUUUUGAAGUUCAUUUCGAAUAGUCUUUAAAAACUGUAUUGUCUGCUAAUAUUGGAAAAUCAAAAGAAAAAACAAAAAAAAUAUUCUCUUCAAAUGAAUCUUGUUAUAAUUUAAAAGUAGAAUCUGUUGUGUUCGAAAAUUAAUUAUUGUAUAAGAAUGUUUGUAUUGCCUAGAAUUAAAGAAUACUCAAAUAUAUUUUUUUUUAUAGUUGAAAAAAAUUGAUCAUCAUUUUAUUGCUGCAAAAUACCAUCCCGAAAUGCCUGAAAGAGUACGCAAAAUCUUAGAACAAGUCGGUGAUCAUCCAGUUCUCAAAAUUCAACUUGGUCGUACACCGGUCGAAGCUGUCUUACUUCUUUUUCUUAAUAUUCUCAGUUCUUGGAAAUUUGCUAAUAAACAAAUUGAACUUGGUUAUGACGAAAUUUAUCACAAUUAUUUACUUAUUACUAUUCAGAACGAAAAAAAACUAAAUAUAUUACAAACAAUGGUUGAAUCUUCGAAAAAUACUGUUGGUAGUACAGUGUACAAACUUGAAAAAGCUCAUCGUGUUCGUCUCAUGAAACCAGUAUUUCCUACUGAAUUUGUCGAUAUAUAUAAUAUUCCACUUACGCCUAAUAAAACAUUUACCUUAAAUCGAUUGAUAACUACAGCAUCAAACAUAGACAAACAUUUUUAUACAUACGAUGCUGCCAAUAACAAUAUGUGUCAAACAUUUGUGGAAAAUAUAGUUGAUAUUAAUGGUUUAACAUUAAAUAUUGUUGAUAAUACAACACGAAUAGCUCUUAAACCACAAGAUGCUAAAGCACUCGUUGCUACACUGGGUAGUCGAAGGGAUAUUGUUAAACGUAUUACAGAUCUAGGUGGUACAUUGGAUAAAUGGGUAUUUGAUCAUAAAAUUAAAUGGAAAAAACCACCGGUAAAAGAAUUUGUACUUAUUGGCAACAUGCAUGUUAAAGCAAAAAAUGAUUUCACAAAUAACAAUACCGAUAAUAUUCAAAGGAGCAAUGUUGAUACUAUUGUUGUAAAUGGAAUGACAGAUACUAUCAUCGAAAAUGUUGAUGAUGCAUUUAAUGCUGUUGUUGCACUUGAGGAAGAUGAAAAGAAAUCAAAACAAAAUCAAUUGACUAUCAUUAUUUCUAGUAUUCUAUUCGUCAUUUUACUAAGUGUUGGUGCUGCCACUGUUACUUUUUUCAUAUGGUACAAAAAGAAAAGUAUGUUUGACUAUUUUGUCGUUCCAUAUAAAUUUUUUGAAAAUUCCUUUUCGAUAAAUAAAUUUUGUCAAUUAUUUUAUUCAUAA